AUGUCAAAAGGUAAAGAUUAUUUGUACAGAGUGUUAUGGAAGUUUUGCGCAGGUCCAUUAGUGGAUGUUCCAAAAAAUGGAGAAAGAGUUUAUUAUUUCCCACAAGGUCACAUGGAACAAUUGUUAGCAGCAAGUCAUGUGCAUAUGAGGCCUAAUGAUCCAUCAUUCAAUCUUAAACCAAAGAUCCUUUGUCGUGUUACUAACAUUGAGCUCCUGGUUGACCAAGAUACUGAUGAGGUCUAUGCUAAGAUCACUUUGACACCUGAAGCGCCAGAUCAAGCCGAGCUGACUAGUCAAGAUUCAAGCCUUCUUGAGUCUCCGAGGCCUAAAGUUCAUUCCUUCCGCAAGGUUUUGACUGACUCUGAUACGAGUAUUCGUCCUGAACUUUCUCUUUUCUGGAAACAUGCUGAAGAAUGUUUUCCUCCAUUGGAUAUGAACCAGGAGACGCCAACACAGGAACUCAUCGCAAAAGACCUUCAUGGAAUUGAGUGGCACUUUAAACAUAUAGUUAAAGGUCAAUGUUGGAUGCAUUUCCUAACUACAGGGUGGAGUACCUUUGUUGGUUCCAAGAGAUUAGUUGCCGGGGAUUCUUUUGUAUUCUUGAGGGGUGAGAAUGGAGAACUAUGAGUUGGGGUUAGGCGGGGUUCUCUCCCGCGGGUCCCAGUGCCAUUAUCGCUGGAAUCAUGUGCGAAUGAGCACCGAGGGAUCCUAGCUGCAACAUCUAAUUCUGUUACAACCCAAGCUGUGUUAGUUGUUUACUACAAACCGUGGUUGAGAAGCAAUCAGUUCAUCAUAGGCCUUAACAAAUACUUAGAGGCUGAAAAACAUGAAUAUUCGGUUGGCAUGCGAAUUAAGAUGCAUCGGUUUGAAGGGGAAGAGAAUCCCGAGAGAAGAUCUACUGGCACUAUAUUCAGGAUUUCAGAUUCUUCAUCGUAUUGGAAAGAUUCACCAUGGCGAUCAUUGAUGGUUCAAUGGGAUGAGCCUGCAUCCAAGUUAAGGAUCGACAGAGUUUCUCCUUGGGAAAUUGAACCUUUUUAUCCCCUUGUCCAGCAAAUAACAACGAAGAACAAAAGGCAUCGACCAAAUGGUGAAACCAAAAUUUCAGGCCUUAGUCAAAGCAAGCAUAUUUGUUCCACAAGAAGUCGCACCAAGGUUCAAAUGGAAGGGGUAGAUGUGUGUCGAGCAGUAGAUUUAACCGCACUGAAAGGAUAUGAUGAGCUUAUAAAGGAACUUGAGAAGAUGUUCAAAAUCCAAAUACAAAAUAAAUGGAAAAUCGUGUUUACAGAUGAUGAAGGGGAUAUGAUGCUUCUGGGUGAUCAUCCAUGGAUAGAGUUUUGCAACAUGGUGAGGAGGAUUUUCAUUCGUUCUAGUCAAGAUAUGUAAAGUUCAAGAACGUUCGGUUGUUAUCUUUUUGGGUGAUGAAAGAUAUUAUUGUAAAUUAACAAACAACAUUAAAACAUACAGAUGGACCAAUAGUUCUUGCGUAGCAGAAUUAUAAGGUCGAUGAUGGUUAGGCUUGGAGGCUGCUCCUUAGACAUAUAUCCGGAGUAGAAUGGGGUGAAGGACCUUCUCGUGAAGUAAGGAGCGAGAAAACAAUUUUUUGAUCAUUUUGGUUAUAUGACAGUUCCUCCUGUAUUUGCUACGGAAGCUUUAAUAGACUAAUAGUUCUUGUGUAGUGGAGUAUUAAGGUCAUUGAUACAUAGCUAUCGGGAGCAGAACAGGGUGACAGACCUACGCAACUUUUUGAUCAUUUUGUUUAUAUGUAAGUUCCUCUUGUGUUUGCUAUGGAA